AUGCCGUUCGGAGUGACUAAUGUGCCUGCAAUAUUCAUGGACUACAUGAAUCGUAUCUUUAACCCGUAUCUCGACAAGUUUGUUGUGGUCUUCAUUGAUGAUAUUCUGAUUUACUCGAGGAGCAAGCAAGAGCAUGAGGAACAUCUUAGAUUAGUAUUGGGAAUACUAAGAGAACGACAGCUGUACGCCAAGCUAUCCAAGUGCGAGUUUUGGUUAGAGUCUGUGAAAUUUUUAGGACACGUGGUGAGUAAGGCAGGAAUAGCAGUCGAUCCGGCGAAGGUAGAGGCAGUUAACUCAUGGGAAGCACCCAAGACGGUCACGGAAGUGCGAAGUUUUCUCGGAUUGGCAGGAUAUUACCGGCGAUUCAUCGAAGGAUUUUCCAAGAUCGCGAUGCCAUUAACCAAGUUGACGAAGAAGGAUCAGCCUUAUAAUUGGACGCCAGAGUGCGAAGCGAGCUUUAAGGAACUUAAGAAGAGGCUAACUACGUCGCCAAUUUUGGUAUUGCCCGAUCUUGCAAAGGAACUUAAGAAGAGGCUAACUACGCGUCAAAGAUGGGACUAG